CCGGCUGGGCGGAGGUGGUGUUCGCGCCAUGAGCGAGGCGGACGGGCUGCGGCAGCGCCGGCCCCUGCGGCCGCAGGUCGUCACGGACGAUGGCCGGGCCCUGGAGGCCAAGGACGGCAGCUCCUUUAGCAGCAGAGUUUUCCGAGUGACCUUCUUGAUGCUGGCUGUUUCCCUCACUGUUCCCCUGCUUGGAGCCAUGAUGCUGCUGGAUUCUCCCAUAGAUCCACAGCCUCUCAGCUUCAAAGAACCCCCUCUCUUGCUUGGUGUUCUGCAACCAAAUGCGAAGUUACGACAGGCGGAAAGGCUAUUUGAAAACCAACUUAUUGGACCAGAGUCCAUAGCAAAUAUUGGGGAUGUGAUGUUUACUGGUACAGCAGAUGGCCGUGUUGUAAAACUUGAGAAUGGUGAAGUAGAGACCAUCGCCCGGUUUGGUUCAGGCCCGUGCAAAACCAGAGAUGAUGAGCCUGCUUGUGGGAGACCCCUGGGCAUCCGGGCAGGGCCCAACGGGACCCUUUUUGUGGCUGAUGCAUACAAGGGACUAUUUGAAGUAAAUCCCUGGAAACGUGAAGUGAGGCUGCUGCUUUCCUCUGAGACACCCAUUGAGGGCAGGAAAAUGUCCUUUGUGAAUGAUCUUACAAUAACUCAGGAUGGGAGGAAGAUUUAUUUUACGGAUUCUAGCAGCAAAUGGCAAAGACGAGAUUAUCUGCUUCUGGUUAUGGAGGGAACGGAUGAUGGGCGCCUCCUGGAGUACGACACUGAGACCAAGGAGGUGAAGGUCUUAUUGGACCGGUUGCGGUUCCCUAAUGGCGUGCAGCUCUCUCCUGCAGAGGACUUCGUCCUGGUGGCGGAGACGACCAUGGCGAGGAUAAGAAGAUUCUACGUGUCUGGCCUGAUGAAGGGCGGGGCUGACCUGUUCGUGGAGAACCUGCCUGGAUUCCCAGACAACAUCCGGCCCAGCAGCUCUGGGGGCUACUGGGUCGGCAUGGCGACCAUUCGCUCCAACCCUGGGUUUUCCAUGUUGGAUUUCUUAUCCGAGAGACCCUGUAUUAAAAGAAUGAUUUUUAAGCUGUUUAGUCAGGAGACGGUGAUGAAGUUUGUGCCACGGUACAGCCUCGUCCUAGAACUCAGUGACAGUGGGGCGUUCCAGAGAAGCCUGCAUGAUCCCGACGGGCAGGUGGUCACCUACCUCAGCGAAGUGCACGAGCAGGACGGGCAUCUGUACCUGGGCUCCUUCAGGUCCCCUUUCCUCUGCAGACUCAGCCUCCAGUCUGUGUAGCAGCCCCAACCGCAGCUGUGCCAGAGUCGUCACACUGGGCACCACACCUGGUCCAGGAGGCGCCAUGGACACAGCCCUGCUCAUCUGCCCUGCUGGUCCUGGAAUUGUGGUGCAACUUUGUAGGUGUGUGGGUCCUGGCAGGACACCCCUCCACCUGGGUCUGACUUUGCAUUUGCAGGGAAGCAUAACAUCUGCCGUAGGGAAGAUAAGUCCACGUAAAGCCAUUUUCUCUUUAAAAAAACCUUCUAAGUACAGUAAUUCUCUAGGGCUUGGGAGACUUCAUACACUUUAACAGGCCUCAGGAUUUGGGGAUAGAGCAGUAGAUGAGCUGUCCGGGGAUCUUGUUUCUGCUAUUGGCUCUGUCCUGCCAGCUUCAUGUCUUUACUCUUCAUUUUAAUGAAGUAAAACCUUUCUUUGGGGGAGGGACGUGGGAAGGACAAGGAGAGCUCAGUGCAUAAGUGCUUGAGGCCAGUGGGCAGAGCUGUGCCAGUGAAGACGUCAGAACUGUGUUCUCCAGAGCUGUGCAGGACACGGGCCCUGGGUCCAUGGGCGCUCCCUUCCAUAGCUCCCAUUACCAGCCUCCCUCCCUACCAGAAGGUUUUCCUGAGUCCCCAUCAACACUGAAAGGCAAGGACCUCAGUAAGUGCGUAGGAAAAGCAUGUUGAUUCCGAGGACUCACUGGGUUUCUCUCUGUGAGCAACCUACCACAUGCAUUGACGGAUCCAAUGGCUGGGCACCGCAGGGGUGAAUUUAGGGAAGUCCUCUUUGCACACCUUGGUUCCUCACAUCUAGACCCACAGACGUGAAUAGUGCACGUUAAUGUCAUCUUUGCUUGACUGUCACAAGCCUGAAGUUGCUGUAUAUCCUGAGAAAUAUGUCUGCACACUGGUCCUGAUUUUAUCAGGGAGACCCGUGUAAUAAUAAUGAUUAAAUUGAUUUUUCUGCUGAUUAACCUUU